CUCUGCUGCCUCAGAGUUGUUUCUACAGUGGUUUUUCACGUUUUAUCAGUCGGUCUUUACUUUCCCGUUAAUAUCCUUUUUUGCAUACAGCCUUGCCUGCUGUUGCAUCACGCUCCUUCCCAAACAACCAGCCUUCCAAACACUCCCUAAGACCUGACAUCUCGGCGCCUCAACACCAAGCACUCGCCAACACCAACGAACAUCUUGGAACAGUCUUACUCAACAGCUAUCACUAUGCGCGGACUCUUUGCUGCAGCCGCGCUUCUUGUCGGUGCCCAGGCCGCCAUUGACCCGAUCGUCAUCAAGGGCCAGAAGUUCUUCUACAAGACCAAUGGCACUCAAUUUUUCAUGAAGGGUGUUGCCUACCAACAGGAAAUCAACUCCAACACCACCCAAUCGGCCGAGAGCACCAUCCAGAUCACCGACCCGCUCGCCGACGCGACAGCAUGCAAGCGCGACAUCGAGUACCUGAAGAAGAUCCAGACAAACACAAUCCGUGUCUAUGCCAUCGAUCCCUCAAAGGACCACAAGGCCUGCAUGAACGCGCUCGCUGAUGCUGGCAUCUACGUUGUUGCGGACUUGUCUGAGCCCAAGAACUCAAUCAUUCGUGAUGACCCUGGUUGGACUACCACACUUUACGAACGCUACACGCAGGUUGUGGACGAGCUUAUGAAGUACGACAACACCCUCGGUUUCUUCGCCGGUAACGAGGUUUCCAACCAGCCAAACAACACUAUUGCCAGCGCUUUCGUGAAGGCGGCUGUACGUGACACCAAGGCCUACAUCAAGAGCAAGAACUACCGCCCCGUCGGUGUUGGUUAUGCUACCAACGACGACGCUGAUAUCCGUGAGAACUUGUCCGCGUACUUCGACUGCGGUAACAAGGAGGAUGCCAUCGACUUCUGGGGUUACAACAUCUACUCUUGGUGCGGUGACUCUUCAUUCCAAGAGUCUGGCUUUGAUGUCCGUACCAAGGAGUUCGAGAAGUACAACGUUCCCGUCUUCUUCGCUGAGUACGGUUGCAACACUCCCCGCCCUCGUCUGUUCACUGAGGUUGGCGCCCUCUACGGCAAGCAAAUGACCGGUGUCUGGUCUGGUGGUAUUGUCUACAUGUACUUCGAAGAGGAGAACAAGUUCGGUCUCGCCUCCAUCAACAACGGCAAGGUUUCCACCAACAAGGACUUCGAGAAUCUCUCCAAAGGAGAUCGCCAAGGCCACUCCCGUCGGCGUCAAGAAUGUCCGAGUACAACCCUACCCAACACCGCUGCUGCGACCUGCCCCAAAGAUCACCCAAGGCAAGUGAGAAGACCAAGUCUGACCCUCUUCCUCCUUCGGCCAAUGCUCCUCUCUGUUCCUGCAUGGUUGAGACCCUCAGCUGCGUUGUUGCAGACAACGUCCAAGAGAAGGACUUCGGCGACAUGUUCGGCUUCAUCUGUGGUGAGAAGAAGGGCCAGUACUGCCAGGGCAUCAACAAGAACGCUACCUCCGGUCCUUACGGUGCGUACGGCAUGUGCUCCGCCAAGGACCAGCUUUCCUUCGCCGUCAACGCCUAUGCCAAGGCUGUCUCCAAUGGCUGCGGCUUCAAGGGCAAGGCUACCACCAAGGCCGCUGUCGCCACUCCUUCUGCCUCUGGCUGCGCUACUCUGCUCCAGGCUGCUGGUGCUCAGGGUACCGGCGUUGUCAGCGGUGGUGCCCAGGCUGGUGCGUCUGGUGCGGCUGCUUCCGGCUCUGCCGGUGCCGCUGCCGGUGCCGCUGCAGGUCUCUCGGUGCCUUCGUUCAGCAUUGGCUCAUUCGGCAUGGGCAUCUACGUUCUCGGAGCCAUGGCUUCCGGUAUGGCUAUGAUCUUGUUGUAAGAGCUUGAUGUUUGUCCGCCCUCGUGGCAUGGUGUCCUUUGAUAGCAUGGUUUGCGUGUUGAGGUUUUCAUUUGGCCAUCGUUCUUGAUGGUUCUGGAUAUGUCUGGCAUUGUUAGACCGCAUUGUAAUCUCUAUUUUGUAAAUACGAAAAAAACACACCUUGAAACGCA